AUCUCUAGAUUUGCGUGGAAGUGCAGUGAGAACGACCCAGAGUUCUACAGAAAGCAUUCAACCGGCGCCCGCUGAAUACGCCAUUGACCGAAACCUUGAUACAUUUUCACACACGGGAUGGACCGAUCCGUCUCACCGUGUAAACCCUUGGUGGAAAGUGGACCUCGGUGCUAUCUACUGCAUAAGGAAAAUUACGCUGGUUAAUAGAAUAGGGAGUAGCGCACACGUUGCUUUUCGACUACGUGGUAAUGUAAUUCGUGCUGGUAUGAGCCCAGACCACCUGCGUAACCCAGAGAUCGGCCGAGUAAGAGACGAUCAAGCUGUAGUCGGAGCGGUUGUGGAAUUUACACCAUACCCCUUUCUCACUGCACAAUACGUCAGCGUGGACAUCCCUAGAAGCGGGGAAGUUGAUGGUGUGCAGACCAUAGUGCAGUUGACAGAGGUUAUGGUUGAAGAAGUUGUCAUGGAGACAGAAAUGGAUUCAAAAUCAGCAGUCCUUGAAGCCCUAAAUUCAACUAAUCGCACCAUCAGUCAGAGCUCAACCUAUAAUCAGAGCGGUGAUGAGCGGGUUGCUUCGAGAGCCUUCGAUGGCGCCUCAUACUAUGGAAACCCUCACUGUAGCCAAACAAAUGAAGAGCCGAAUCCAUGGUGGAAGAUAGACCUGGGUUCUGCCUGUUGCAUUAGCAAAAUCACCAUUAGGAAUAUCGAUGAUCUAAGACAUUAUACGCGACUAAAUUUAACGGGCGCUGUUGCACGUGCUGGCCUGAGUGCCACGCCUACUGAUAACGCCAUGUGUGGAUCUCCGGUGACUCAGUACCAAGCCCUGAUAAACGAUCGAAUUGAUAUCCACUGCGAGCCGACCAAGCUGGCUCGGUACGUUAGCGUCGAUAUUCCGAGACGAUCGUUUCUUAUACUCUGUGAGGUCAAGGUAUGGUCGUGUGAGCUCCAACCUCCAGCCCUCACCUUGACUGAUAAUCCCAUCUUUCAAAGUUCUGUGUUGAGUGGGCAUGACGCUGACAGAGCCCUUGACGGACUCCCGGAAGAUCCGUUCUGCAGCUUAACGAAUAAAGAGGAAAACCCGUGGUGGAGGGUGGAUUUGCAGUCAGACAAUUGUCUUGGAAUAAUCCGAGUGAGGAACACAGGCAGUCCAUCCGAACAGAAUUUGCUGAGUGCUGUCGCAAGGGCUGGCCUAAGCGAAGUUCCCACAGACAAUAUCAUGUGUGGUACACCAGUGACCAGCGAUCAGUCCACCAUCAAUGACUGGAUAGAGUUUGCGUGCGAUCUGCCGGUACUUGCCCGGUAUGUUAGCGUCGACAUCCCAGGAAUAGGAAGCCUUAAAUUGUGCGAGGUGACUGUGUCUGCAUGUAAUUUGCAGCUAAAACACAACGCAGCUGACUUUACUCUGAUUGUAAAUCCUGCCCUACUUGGUGUUAGUGGAGACGACAGUGCAUGCAUCACGGCCUAUAAAGAUGCAGACGAUGUGACAGCCGGCGUAACGUUCGGUCGCCGGCUGCCAACAGGAGAGAAUAGCAAUGACCUCCCCUCUGGAGCAGUGGUACUGGCUGAUCCGUCAACGGGAUGUGCAGACAAAUUUGUCUUGCGACUACCAGAAGAGGGUGGAUUAAAAAGAACUGGUGUCUUUUACUCAGAGAGGAUCAAAAAUGACAUCAGAAUCAGAAUAGAGACCAUCAUUUUACCGAAAGAUGAUAGUUACGUCCAUAUUCGCCCUGCUCAACCAACACAAACAGCAAGUAUCGGAGACAACGUGAAGCUUGAAAUGCACAAUGUCAACUCGCCAAAUAUUUACUACAGAUGGAGACAUAAUGGCGGUGAUAUAAUUGUCUCUUGGAAUGACCGCCUGACUGUAGCAAUUCCUGCUGCAACCAAGGAAAAUGAAGGAGUUUACACGUGUUUCUCUUCAGGUCAAGAGGACAAACAGCUGCAUGGAAUCACAAAGCUCAUAGUGAGAGGUUGUGUUGCGGAGAGAUGGGGCACACCUUUGUGUCUUGCAACCUGUCGUCGAUGCUACAAUGGUGGUGUAUGUGACGAAAAGUCUGGCAUGUGUGUUUGUGCUCCAGGAUUCAGUGGAGACAAUUGUGAGCAAGGUAUACGGAAAGUAUAA